CCUCUUUUGUUUCCACAUGUUCACACUUUUUAGUUUCUACUUUCUAUAUCUUUCCUUUGACUGUAGCUCUCCAGUAAUCUUGUUUCCGGUUUUGGGAGAGAGAGAGACGUCUGAGCUUUUCUUUCCUUUCAUGGGUUCUUGUUGUAGCACUUCUCGAAUCAAAGCUGAAAGCCCAGAUCGUAAUGGGUUGAACUCAAACUAUGGAAGCAAGGUGUCGUCUGUGUCAGUGCCUUCGACUCCCCGAACGGAGGGCGAGAUCCUGCAGUCAUCCAACAUGAAGUGCUUAAGCUUCAAUGACCUCAAAACCGCCACCAGGAACUUCCGUCCCGACAGUAUGGUCGGAGAAGGUGGUUUUGGAUGCGUCUUCAAGGGUUGGAUUGAUGAGAAUACUCUGAAAGCUGCUAAGCCCGGUACUGGUUUGGUCAUUGCCGUUAAGCGGCUUAACCAAGAAGGUCUUCAGGGUCACAAGGAAUGGUUGACAGAAAUCAACUAUCUUGGACAAUUGGAGCAUCCCAAUCUUGUGAAAUUGGUAGGUUACUGCUUGGAGGAUGAUCAUCGCCUUCUGGUGUACGAAUUUAUGUCGCGGGGCAGCUUGGAUAAUCAUCUAUUUAGGAGGGGUUCCCACUUUCAACCGCUUUCGUGGAGUAUUCGGAUGAAAGUUGCACUGGGUGCUGCAAAGGGUCUAGCAUUUCUUCAUAGUGAUGAAGCAAGAGUAAUAUACCGAGACUUUAAAACAUCAAAUAUCCUCCUUGAUUCGAACUAUAACGCAAAACUCUCUGAUUUUGGGUUGGCUAAGGACGGGCCAGUGGGUGAUAGAAGCCAUGUCUCAACACGGGUCAUGGGAACAUUUGGAUAUGCAGCUCCAGAGUAUAUGGCCACAGGUCAUUUAACUGCCAAAAGCGACGUGUACAGUUUCGGAGUUGUUAUGCUUGAAAUGUUAUCCGGGAAACGAGCAGUGGACAAAAACAGACCCUCUGGAGAACACAAUCUAGUGGAAUGGGCUAAACCAUAUCUAGCCAGCAAAAGAAGAGUUCUCCAAAUCUUUGACUCUCGCAUCGAAGGCCAGUACUCAGUAGGUGGAGCCAUAAGAGCAGUUAACAUCGCGAUUCAGUGCUUAGCCACAGAACCGAAGUACAGACCAAGCAUGAAAGAGGUGGUAAAAGCACUAGAACAGCUUCAGGAGCUCGAUUGUGUGGGUGCCCCGGCGAGCAAUCAACAUCACCUUCAAAGUCUUAAUGGAAAAUCAUCGAACGGUCACAAGCAUCUAAGGGCUAGUACCAAUGGAGUAAGCAUUGGAAAAGCAGCUUCAUUUCCUCCUCAGCCAUCUGUUUCCCCCAUCCGUACAUAAAUGGAUAACAACUUUUAUUUAACAAAGUGCUGCAACAUAUUCUCAUUGACUUAAAAGAAAUCUACAGAUGGUCUUUGGAGGAACACAAAAGUCGACUUGUGUUUGAGUGUGUAUCAUUGCGGUUGAUUACUGUACAUAUACCCUCCCUGUUGGCUAAUAAUGAGCAUUAUCCUUUUUGGUGCA